AUGCGUCGGCGAUGCACCAGAAUCCUGAGUGUUCGGGAGGAUCGUCGUGUAGUGUUGAUAAGUCUUCAUUAUCAUGAGUUAAUAAUUAGUAAAUAAUAUAGUUUUAGCCUUAACUCAUGAUAAAUAGACUUAUAUUUGUGUUAAAGCAUGAAAAGUGGUUUUCAGUUGAUUAACGUGAAUUUUUGGGUAAUUAUGUGAUUUUAUACGAUUUUUACAGUCUUAGUUUUGAGAUAAACGAAGAACAAGAAAUAAAAAUAAAAAUAUUGCAAAAUGGGGAGACCCGUCGGCCAGCCGGGCCCGCAAGCGGGUCGGAAGCGCAGUCGGGGAGUAGCCGCGAGCAGGGGCUCGAGCGGCUUGCUUGGAUCGAUAGGGGCACGUGUGCGCCACUCCCCUUCCACGUCACCGGUGGUCAGCCGGCUGUGGGGCAAGGAGUGGUCGUACACGCGAGAGGAUUUUGCCUACAAAGCUAA